AGCAAGACCUUGGUCCAUUUCCAUCCACCCAAUUCGACGCAACUUUUGGUGCUCCGCCAAAAGGGCCUCCUAUUUAAGAGGGCUAGAGGACACGCACUCCCAGCACACCACACCCAACCCAACCCAUCCAUGACAAGCCAUCUCAGUCCAGAGCUUCACUGCCAGCAACACGCCAUGGCCCUAGACAGCUACUCGUACGACCGUUGCGUGUUCCCUCCGCUCCAGGAUUGGGAUUGGGACUGGGAUUGGGACGAGCUGGACACCCUUGGAGGAGUUGCUGCAGCUGGAGGCGCCGCCGUCCAGGAGGCCGCCGUCUUCUUCCCGGCGACGCCAGGUGUGGAGUCGCCGGCCUCGUCUGAGGCGUCCAGUGGCUACCUGCAAGACGCCGUCGCCCACUGGAGCGGCCGCUGCAACAAGCGGCCGAGGAUGGAGGCGACGCCUCCGCCUCGACGUCCGGCGACCGUCGGCGAGGACCUGCAGUGCCUUGUUGAGAGCUUCUUGGAUUCUAAGGCCGACGGAGGCGGCGGCGACGGAGAUCUCCGGCAGGAUUUGAAUACCACGAUCCCGGAGACGGAGAUAUGCUGCAGUUUUGUCUCAGUCGGACGUGCAGGGGACGACGGGGCAGGUGCGUCGGGCAGGGAGGAGCAGCAGCGGCGGCCGCAGAGGGCCCCGAGCACGCAGGUGCUGCCAGCGCCAGCGCCAGCGGCGCGGCGCGGAGGAGAGGAGGCGGCCGCGGUAGUCCCCCCUUCUCCUCGUCCUCGCUUCCCCGCCACCGUGCGGGGCGCUGCUCCCCUGCAAAAGACGACUGCAGGGGCGGGGACGGGGGCGCCCCACCGCGCGGCAGCGCGACGCGACGAUCGCUCGCGGCCGCGGCCCGUCGUCGGCUGCUGCGAGCCCUCCCGUGCGGGGGCGGGGGCGGGGGCGGAGGCGGCCGCCACGACGGCGCCCGCCUCUGCUUGUCCCUCGCUGCUGGCAGAAGAGAAGAGAGGAGUUGGAGUGCUGUACCCAUUUGCUGUCGUCAAGCCGCUUGGGUUAGACGAUGGCCGCAUGACGACGCUGGACGACGUCAACCAGAGGAUCCUGAAGAGACCGGCCAGACCGGUUCGGCACCCCGUUGGCCCGUUCGCGUGCGGACCCGCCGUGACGGCUCACGGCAUAGGCCUCUCCGGCAAGGCAGUAGUUAGCCUGACGAAGAUCAGAACGGGAGGAAAGGGCACAAUAACCGUCAUCAGAACAAGAGGCUGAUGGAUGGGAAUUGGGAUCAACCAUUUCAUUUCGUUCUAGGAAACUGAACCAAGUUGUCAUCAUGUCUGCUGUUCAGGAUAGUCAUGUUAGAGGAGUGGCUACUGUUGUAAAUACAGCCUCGGGUUUCAAUUCAAGGCCUCUGCUAUGUCUACUUUGACAAGCUAAAAAUCUA